AUGGACCAUCAUUCAGACUCCGAUAUUUCGAGUCAGAGGCACGUGCACUCAAGCUCUGUCUCCUCCCUCGACACUCAAUCGACGGGGAUCGAUGAUGCAUGCGAAGACCUCCAGGACUCUGACAGAGAGUACAUCGUUGUCGUCGGUGGUCUUGGCUAUAUCGGAAGCCAUACCUGCCUAGAACUCUUGAAAUCAGGCUACAACAUCGUCGUCAUCGACAACCUGAGCAACUCGUUUCGGAGUGUUUAUACUCGCCUCCAAACGCUUGGGAAAAACUACUUCGAUACGCGAUGUGAACCAAUGCCCCAGAUGCAUCUGUAUGUGUCGGACUAUCGUGACGAGGCAGCAAUGAAACAGAUACUGGGGGAAUACGUCCGACCCCAUACCUCCCAUCAAUUACUCGAAGGCGAAGCUCGUAUCGAAUCGAGGAUUCGGGGAGUCAUACACUUCGGGGCGUACAAGUCGGUGUCUGAGAGUAUCCAGCAGCCGUUGAAAUACUAUGCGAACAACGUUGCCGGCCUGGUUGAGUUCUGCUCAAUCUUGAACAGCUUCCAAAUCAAGACCUUCGUCUUCUCCUCAUCAGCGACAGUCUACGGAUCGAUUGCGAACUCAGGCAUGCCAUUGAGGGAAGAGCAUUGCACGCACCAAGAGGAAGCCUUCAGCGACCACGACGGCGUCACCAAGACUGUUCUCGGAGGGUGUACCGGGUUGACCAACCCCUAUGGGAGAACCAAAUGGAUGUGCGAAGCCAUCCUUUCGGACCUCGCGCUUGCAGAUCCAGAGUGGACAGUACUCGCCUUGCGAUACUUCAACCCAGUCGGCUGCGAUGCGUCUGGACUCCUGAGGGAGGAUCCUCGAGGCGUGCCAACCAACUUGAUGCCCGUCGUCCUAAGGGUCCUCACCGGUGUAUCGCCAGUGCUUGAUGUCUUCGGCACAGACUAUCCCACAGUUGAUGGCACCGCUGUUCGAGACUUCAUCCACGUGACCGACUUGGCUCGUGGCCACAUCGCGGCACUGGCAGCGGCUUUCGACGGCCGUGUUCCGAAGGGAUUCAGGACUUACAACCUGGGCAGUGGAAAGGGGCAUUCGGUGUUGGAUGUGGUCAGUGCUGUGGAGUCGGCCUCGUCGUCAAAGAUUCCCUUGAGAAUCCUUGGCAGACGUGAAGGGGAUGUGGGGAGUUGCGUCGCGAUGCCCAAGAGGGCGGAAACGGAGUUGGAUUGGAAGACAGAGAAGUCGCUAGAGACUUGUUGUAGGGAUGUCUGCAAUUUCUUAGAUAAGUUCAAGCGCCCUGCGAUGCCCGUGGUCUGA